AUGGCGUCUACCAUCGACGUCGACCAUGCGGCCAACAUCUACUCGCUACUGCAGGCGCUGGAACACCUAGAGCAGGCCUUCGUAUCCGGCGAUGCCAGCAACGAGGACUACACACAGGAGUGCACAGAGCUGCUGUCGCUCUGCCAUAUUCUCGAGGAAGCGACACCGAACGUGUUCGCCGAAUUCGCCGCGAAACACAACUUGAAUUGUCCACUAGCGCUUAACCGACUGAAGAAGGGAUCGCCCGGCAUCUGCUCCACGAGCAAGCCCAAGGCGCAAGCACGCAGCGAGGUAGGGCGAUACUUCAUCACCCUCACCCAUGUUUCUUUGCAGACGUACAUCAUAUUCGAGCUGAGUGAACACUUCAUAACGCUACUCGAUGCUCUGAAGCUGGGCAGCACGCAUGUAGAGGAGCUGUUCCCGAUCCUCCACGAGCUCAUCACGUGCCUGGAUUAUGUUCCGACGCUGGAUGACAAGUCUUCCAAUAGUGUCAACGUGGUGCCUCACUUAGACAAGUUGCGGGUGUGGUGUUCGCGGCUGGAGAACAUGCCAGCGCAUCACGCGCUGGACGCCAACGAAAUCAGACAGUUAACAAUGGAAGCUGAGGCAGCUUAUAGCGCUUUGAAGGCGUUCCUGAGAAUGAAGACGGAGGGUUAA